AUGGACGCUACUAAAGAAAAAGAAGUUACUCCUGUAGUAGAAAAGAAAGCCACUGAAAAAAAAUCAGUAGAAAAGAAACCAAAGAAAGUCACUGAAAAGAAAGUAAAAUCACAUGAUGAUGAAGGAAGAAAAAAUACUCUUUCUAAGAAAUCAGGUUUACAAUUCCCAGUUGCUCGUAUUCAUGCUGCUCUUAAAAAAGGAAGAUAUGGAGAACAUAUUAAUAAAAUGGCAUCAGUUUAUUUAACAGCUGUUAUUGAAUAUCUUGUUGCAGAAGUUUUAGAACUUGCAGGUGGACAAGCAAAAGAUUUCCACAAAACAAGAAUUACUCCAAGACAUAUUCAACUUGCAGUUCGAUCAGAUCUUGAAUUAAAUGAUCUUCUUAAAGAUGUUACUAUUUCAUAUGGUGGAGUAUUCCCUAAUGUUCCAACAGCUGUUAAUUCAAAAGGAAAGAAGAAACCAGCUCAAUCUCAAGUAGUUUAA